AUGCGUUACACCGUACCCCUCGUUGUGGCCCUGGCCGCCUCUGUCUCUGCCGCUGUCCCAAGUGCACCCCUCGGGGAGCGUGCCGACAAGCUUUUCACACUUGAAAUCGCUCCCGGCGAGACGGUCGAGGUUACUGAAGAUGAGAAGUUCCAGAUGAUUGAUGAUCAUAUUCACUUCUUUGAUAUCACUGAGUGGAAGGACCAUCAACCUGCCUCAGCAGCUCGUCUCCUUGCAACCACUGCAUCCUAUCCUAGCAAGGUUCAGCACAAGUCCAACGUUGAGAAGAUUAUUAAGAAUGUGGACCUUAAGAAGAUUGAGAAGCAACUGAAAAAGUUCUCUUCUUUCCACAACCGCUAUUUCAACUCCAAGUACGGAGUUGAGGCCGCUGAAUGGCUUCACAAGGAGGUCAAGAAGGUUAUCAAGAAGCACCCUCUGGCCACAGUUCGGUUGAUCCAGCAUCAAGCUUGGUCACAGCCAUCUAUUGUCGUUUCCAUCCCCGGAAAGGUCCGCCUCAAGACCAUCAUCACCGGGUCCCAUCUUGACUCUGUCAUUUCCAACGACCGUGGUGCCGGUCGAGCUCCUGGAGCCGACGACAAUGGCUCCGCUUCCAUCAUGCUCCUCAACGUCCUAGACGCUUUCCUCAAGGACCCCCGAAUCGCCAAGGGCGACCAUGACAAUACUGUCGAGUUUCACUGGUACUCGGCCGAGGAGACUGGUCUGCUUGGCUCCCAGGACAUCUUCAACACCUACUCCCGCCUUGGAAUUCAGGUCGAGGCCAUGUUGAACCAGGAUAUGGUUGGCUACAAGGGCCGUGAUGGUGUUGAGCGGUUUGGUCUCAUCACAGACAACACGGAUCCUGGUCAGAACGACUUCCUCAAGGUUCUGAUUGAAGAGUACGCCGAUAUUCCAUAUGAAGAGUCGCAGUGUGGUUAUGCUUGCUCUGACCACGCCUCGGCCAACCGCAACGGAUUCCCCUCGUCAUUCCUCUUUGAGACGCCUUUUGGAAACCACAACCCUCACAUCCACACGCCUAAUGAUACCAUUGCCUAUGUUGACUUUGACCACAUUGCCCAGCAUGUCAAGGUCACGACUGGUUUCGUUUAUGAGCUUGCCCAUCAUGACUUUAUCAAUGCCUAG